AUGAAAGAACUAAUACCAUUGGUUAUUUUGCUGGUCAUAUCACGGGUGUCCUGCGAUUGUCCAUUAGAACAAAUUCACAGCAUUGGAUAUUGUUCUUAUCGAAUACAGUGCUCAGAAACCAUAAAAGAUGUGAAACUCGACAAACAAUGCACAGGAUCUCCAAACUACGACGUUAAGAUCAAGGUAGCACUUCGCAACGCUAAUGACAAUUUUCAUACAACAGCUGAUGAAGAAUUUCUUUCUAAGAUCACCACACUUACAAUUUCUGCAAACUGGCCAGAAACUUCACUAUUAUUCUUAAAUACCAUGUAUUUCCUAGAACACUUAUUCCUUACCAACUGUUAUAUAAAAAAAAUUAACGGUAGGCCAUUUGGUAAUCUCAUGUAUUUGGAAACUUUAGAUCUAUCUCACAAUUUCUUAUCAGAUAUUGAAGAUCUCUUUCAAUUUGAUACUCACCAACACAAAAUGCGUAAACUAUCAUUAGCACAUAAUUUAAUUGAGGAAGUUCCAGGCGGCACAUUUGAUGAACUAACCAGCCUUGUAGAACUCGACUUAUCUUAUAAUCUCAUUACAGAACUAAGCGAAGAGCCAUUUUUGAACUUAACAAACUUACACAUACUUAAACUCAACAACAAUAAUAUUAAAGACAUUAACGGGGCUAUGAAUAAUUUAACAAAUUUGAGACAUUUGUAUCUGAGUCAUAAUCAAAUUUUUUAUAUUGGUAUGGAAUCAUUGAAAACAAUUAAUCAUUUGCAAACUUUUGAUAUAUCGAAUAAUCAAAUACAGAAUAUGAAACCAAUUUUCUUUUUGAGACAUUGGGAUCACUUUAGAAAUCAUUCGAUUUGCAGAAUUAUUAUUUCUGAUAACUUUAUCAGUGUCAUACCAAACUCCACAUUUUACCUUUUUGAAAAGACAGUAAACCAAACGAAAAGAGACAUACAACAACACCCAAUCGAAAUAUUAACCGAGCUUGACCUAUCCAAAAAUAAUAUUAGUCAUAUCGAAUAUAAUGCCUUUCAAUAUAUUGGUCAACUAGUUUCCUUAGAUUUGUCUAAUAAUAAAUUAUUAUCAUUUCACGUUGAUUCAAAAGACUUGAUGUCUGUUAAGUAUCUAAAUCUAAGCUGCAAUUAUUUGACCAGUUUACGCUACGAAAGUUUUGCGUUAAUGCACAAUUUACAAAAUUUAGAUUUAUCCCACAACUUUAUGGACUAUUUCCCUGACCAAUCUCUCACUAAUAGCAACACGAUUAAAUAUAUCAACAUGACUCAUAACGAAAUCGCUGAGCUUCAUAGUUUACGCAUAAUUUUCCAUCCUGAUGGAGGGGUACUGGAUUUAUCUAACAAUGGAUUAUCAGCCUUAAGCAUACCUUUUAAUGAGGCAAUAGGUCUUAGAGACCUUAUACUUAGUUCAAACAAUAUAACAGAUGCAUUUCUUAUAAAAUUGACAGACCAACGAGAUCUAACGAGACUUGACAUGACUCACAAUUUUAUACAAGAAUUAGAUGAAUCUUCUUUACAAUUGCCCAACACAUUGAGCUAUUUGGAUUUAAGUAAUAAUCAUAUUCAAAGAAUCGCUCCUUCUGCGUUUCAUCGGGUAAGCCAUUUGAAAACAUUGAGAUUGUCACAUAAUCAGCUAAAAAUGAUAGAAUACGGUGUAUUCCGAAGUUUAACAGCGCUUCUCAACCUAGAUCUUUCGUACAACCAAAUAAAAGAGUUAGAUUCUAGGGUGUUUAUGGACCUGAAACUUCUCAGUACACUCUCACUACGCUAUAAUGGUCUAGCAUAUAUUGACCAUAACAUUUGGUUAAAUCAUAAAUAUAACUUAAAAGUGUUUUUAGAUGGUAAUGACCUAUCAUGUCCAUGGUUAGCUAAAGCCUUGAAUGACUACAAUAAUGGAUAUUCCAAAAUGAACCCCACAGUACUCAACGCGUCUAUUACCGGUCAUUCCAUUGAUGGAAUCCCUUGUAAUCAAAAGACGACAGAAAAGAUGGAAAAUUAUUAUUAUGCAAAUUAUGAGACGGAUGAACGGCUUUUGAUUACAAGUCAGAAGAUUCUAGAAGCAGUGCAAGACCAAACUCAUUAUUUGAAAAAAUAUAUCUGGCGGUUCAUUCUGCAAGAGGCGAAGAAACAAGAAGCCUCAAAUAAUACAAACAAUAUUUUG